AUGCCCUACACUGGCGAAGAAGAGAUUCCUAAGUUGGAAGAUGUUGCUGCUGCAUUGCAUUUGCCUCGAUCAGAAAUUAGAAAGGCUUGGGUGAAUAAAGGAGAAUACACUGGUUUGCCUAUUGACUUCUUGUAUGGUCAAGCUGAAAUCUUGAUUAAUGUUGUGAGUAUGGAUGCUCUUGAAAAAGUCCUCGCUUUCCUGAUCUAUGGGCAAGUCUUAUUCCCUCGUUACGACAAAAUUGUGGAUGUGAUUACCAUUAAGAUCUUCAUCAGCAAUAAUCCCGUUCCUACCUUAUUGGGUGACUUGUUGCAUUCCAUCCAUCAUCGAUCAUCUAAAGGAAAAGGUUGCGUUCUCGGAUGUGCACCUCUUCUACAUAAGUGGUUUAUUUCUCACUUACCCCGUUUCGUAAUAAAGAACGAAGAAGGUGGGACUUGGGUUCAAAGAAUCAAGAGGCUUUCGUACGAUUAUAUCGUUUGGAACCAAAAAGAGUUUGAAGGAACCCAUUUGUUUGAUAGUUGUGGAGAUUUCCCAAAUGUACCUCUUGUUGAUACAACUGGGAAGAAGAAGUUGUUUAUUAGAGCUUGGUCCACGGUAAAGAAGGUAGAUACGCGAGCAUUGGGACUAAGGAACUACAUCCCUUCAGAUCUUUAUUUUAGGUGGAUUUAUGAUCGAGUUGUUGAGUAUGGUUUGCCAUAUCCAUUUGAUAUCCCUGUUGUACCAAGGGUUACCCAUCUGGUCAUUCCUUUGGUUUUGGAGCCUUAUGUUCCCGCUCCAAAUGAAGACCUUGCUGCUACUAUUGCUUCUUAA